UCCGCUGCAGCCAAGCAACGCUUGGUGAUAGCGGGAUACCGUACAUCUACUCCGCAUUGCUGAUUGACGGAAAUUAGCCGUGGCGUAACCUCGGCUUCAUCCUCCAAGACAAUGGCGUCGAAUGCGCUCGCUUGCACCCCUCCAGAGGCGACUUGACGGCCCAUCGCUGGCUUGUCCUCGUCUGAGAUCGGUCCAACUCCGGAUCAGCCCCGCAGGGGAUUUGCCCGAUUCAUCCUAACGGCCACCCUUUGCUUCAGCACAUUAAUAUUAGCUGCCAGAAUCUCUCUCUGUCAUGUCGACAAUCAAUAGAUCCCUUUUGUCCAUUUCUUGCUCUCAUACCAAUCGGAAUCGAUUUUCCCUUUCCUGCCUUUUGUUUCCCUUUUCCCGCCAUGACCACCUUCACGAAGCUUAAUGACCAGGAUGCGCCUAGUAUUUCCAUCCAUCCAACAAGGCGCAUUUCCAAGAUCAACCCCAACAUCUAUGCGGGCUUCACAGAGCAUAUGGGUCGAUGCAUCUACGGGGGCAUCUACGACCCGGGAAAUAAGCUGUCAGAUGAGAAUGGUUUCAGAACGGAUGUGAUCGAGGCCCUGAAAGAGUUAAAUAUCCCUGUCGUCCGCUAUCCCGGUGGCAACUUCAUGGCCACAUACCACUGGAUCGAUGGUGUUGGCCCGAGAGAGAACCGUCCGUCCAGACCCGAACUGGCCUGGCUGGGCACAGAGACCAACCAAUUCGGAACGGAUGAGUUCAUGAAGUGGUGUGAAGUUCUCGGAACUGAGCCUUAUCUUUGUCUGAAUUUUGGAACUGGUACUCUUGAUGAAGCCCUUGCUUGGGUGGAAUACUGCAACGGCACCAGGGACACUUACUAUGCCAAUCUGCGCCGCAAGCAUGGUCGUGAGGAGCCAUACAACGUGAAAUACUGGGCCCUUGGCAAUGAGGUCUGGGGACCGUGGCAGGUUGAACAGAUGACCCAGGAAGCAUACGCCCACAAAGCGUAUCAAUGGGCCAAAGCUCUCAAGCUCCUCGACCCUAGCCUGGUCCUGAUCCUCUGCGGCCAGACCGGCUUUGCCUCGUGGGACCACUACACCCUGAAGCACUGUCUUCUGCCCGCUCACUCCGAGCUCUCGACCAGUGCCGUGCCCUUGAUCGACAUGCACAGUAUUCACCUGUACACGACCUCAGACUCGCACCUUCCCAACGUGACGGCGCCGCUGGCGGGCGAGCGCGCCAUCGAGAUCACAUCCUCGCUGAUCGACCUGGCGAUGAUCGAAAAUAACGUGCCGCCUUCGCAGCCGCGGCCGACCAUCUGCUUCGACGAGUGGAACGUCUGGGACCCGAUCCGCGCCGAGGGCAGCAAGGGCGCCGAGGAGUCGUACACGCUGUCGGACGCGCUGGCCGUGGCCGUGUGGCUGAACGUCUUCGUGCGCAAGAGCAAGGACGUCGGCAUGGCGUGCAUCGCGCAGAGCGUCAACGUCAUCUCACCGCUGAUGACCACCACGGACGGCAUCACCAAGCAGACCACCUGGUGGCCGCUCUACCUCUUCUCAAAGUACAUGCGCGGCUGGACCAUCGGCACCCACCUGGCCAGCGCCACCUACGAGGGCGAAACCUCCCCCAAGUGGGUGCGCAGCGUCAAGGACACCCCCUGGCUGGACGUCAGCGCCACCCUCGGCGAGGACGGCUACGCCAACGUCGCCGUCGUCAACAUCAGUGAGGACAAGGACCUCGAGACCCAGAUCGACGGCCCCACUGGUCAGGUCGCCGUCUUCACCGUCACCGGCGACAACCUCGCCGUCAGCAACAUGAACGGCAAGCAGGAGGUCGGCAUUGCCGAGAGCACCUGGAAUGCCUCGGGCUCCUACGUCUUUCCCAAGCACUCCCUGACCCUUCUGCGCUGGAAGGUUGAGUAAAUCCUCUCCCCUACGAAACAGUUCGGGGAAGUCCACUACGUACGCAAUCAGAUAAAGAAACGGCCACAUCAUGACAUUAUCAUAUCCCUCAUGCAACAAAAACUAGAAGUCAUAUUUACCAUUCAGGGAAUGCAAGAAUCUUUCACCAUCGUCUCUCACAAUACAACAUGAAUCAUUAGAAAGGAGUCAUAAUCAUCAAUCCAUGUAAAAUCCAACCCCACCACUUAACCGUAGUUCACAUUGUGGACAGUCC